CCUGGGGAGCAGAUCGGAGCAGGGCAAACAAUUCAACAGCACGAACGAACGACCGUCCCGCUGACCGCGAACGCAGCAUGACGUCAGCAUCAGGUGAUGACCAGGUUCGAGCUCCAUUUGAACAGAAUUAGUCCUAAAUUCGACGAAGGGAACAUCGCUGAGGGAAAAAAAACACCCGAAAUCGAGCCAAGGCAACCACUCGAGUGAGACGAACUCAAAAGUUAAUGAGAUCAAAUUCAACAAACAAAAGCCCAGACAAGAUGGAGAAAGCCAGCACCGGAACCCUGUCCGUCGUCGAGCGGGAGUUCUUGGACUUUGUGCAGGCCCAGUUAGAAGAAACCGACCAAGGUCACAGUCCUGAUUUUGCCUUUGGAGAAAUACAGGCGGGAAUGCAUCCGAGCAUCCAAAGGGAGGCCGCGACUUCCGGCUCUGCGGUCACGCAAUGCAGCGGCGCAAGUGGGACGCGUGUCCUCGGCAGCAAUCCUCCAAAGGACGGCAACGGCGGCGGCGGCGGUGAUGUUGAGCUCGAUCGGACGCGGCCCGGCGCAGGGAUGGAUUCACGGAAUCAGGCUGCUGAUUUGGGUUACUCUUGGAUAGAUGAGCUCAUCCGAGACCAAUCCGACACGGUCACUUGGCCAAUUGCCGACUGGGAAGACGACGCGGUACCAAUCGUCCGGCCUCCGGGAGCAGACUUGGAUGAAGCUCCACCGAGUGCAAACGUGAUGAUGGGAGAGACGGACCCUAUGAGCUGUGGCGCAACUAGCGGGAGUGCUCCUCCUGAUGUUGAGGGCAAUGACAUCUUCACCUUGCGCAUCAGCGAGGACGCCGCCGCCACCUCUGACCAUCAGAUCACCACCGACUUCGGGAAACCUUCAGCGGACGUGGAGAUGGAUUCGUCUCUGGAUCUGUUUGAGGGCUUGACUUGGUCAGAUUACGACGGCGAGGAUGCUGAGAAAAGGAGCACGUCUCUAGAGAGUGCGCGUGAGCCGAAGGAAGAGAGCCACCCUGGGUGUAGUUUCAUGCUUAGAGAUGCACAACCCAGCGGUGACGCUUCCAACGCCAAAUCCCCCUCCAGAGAACAACUGGCAGACUGCACCAACUUGAUGGAAACCCGCUCUCAGAGCAAUACGGGGAAGCCGCAGAGAGACCGCUACUCACAGAGAAGACUGCUGAAAAGAAGCCGAAAGACCUCCUCCUCGAAGCAGAAGAGCAAGUCGCUGCGCUCUGAAAAUGCGAUGAAGCCGCGCCAAUCAUCUAGGCGGAAGUCCAACCGUCUGUCGUCAGCAGCCACUGGCACUCGGAGGCCUAAACAGCAACCGGCCUCCGCUCGCGGUGCCGGCCGGGAAACCCGACAAAGCGGCCCCAGCAGCAGCAGCGGCGGCGGAGCCUGCGCCAGCACCUCUAAAAUGAACUGGCCGCUCGCAAUUUUGACCGGGGACCCUGAGGUGAAGAGCACCGAGACGCUGAGCCCAGAUGAGAAAAUGCAGAUGAUGGCAAACAUUGAGCAGGCUCAGGCGCUACUGCUUACCCUGGUGUACCAAGAUGGUGGCACGCAGCUCCAGUCAGGAGAGAGUCCACCCAAUCUCACGCAGCCGGUGUGCGGCCUCCUCCUACUUCUCAUCAAUGACGUGGACGGCUGCCACGGGAGGCGCUCGCUGGGCCAAAACGACCUCCUGCUCUACCACAGACUGGACCGCGACCCGCCGCAGGCCCAAGAGCAGAUUUUCACCAGAGACGUGCUGCGGCGGAUGGCCUCGCGAGCCGGCGUCACCGUGUGCUACAGAGCCAAGGAAUGGCUUAGCACGGCUUUGCGCUUGUGCAGACAACACCUCAGCUGGGAACAAGUGUCGGGCUGCCGUAUCCUGGACCCUCAGGUGUCGGGCUGGCUGCUGGACCCCGAAGAUCCUUGCACCUGCUACCCAGACCUCUUUCGGAAACACACCCGCAUAAGCCUGCCCCCCGGGACGCCGGCCACUGUCUUGUUGGAACUCUAUUCCCUCUACGACUUGAAUGAGAAGCUUUGUGCUGAAAUACGGGCCCAAAGCCUCUGGAGCAUCUACUCGGACGUUGAGCUGAAAAUGAUUCCGAUUCUAGCAGCCAUGGAGAGCCAGCGCAUCCAGAUGGACACAGACGCUUUGAUGAAUCUGUCAGACCUGCUCAAGAGGAAGAUGAACCAUUUGGAGAAGGACGCAAAUGUCGCCGCAGGACAAGAUUUCCUCAUGACCAGCCCCAUCCAGAUCCGUCACGUUCUUUUUAAGAAACUGCGUCUACAAGAGCACCUAAAGAAGAAGAAGAAGAGUCUGCGGUGCAAGAAGCAGACGGCAUCAGCUAAAACAUUGCAGAUGUACCAAGACGUGCAUCCGCUACCGAAGAUUAUUCAGGAGUACAGAGAGGUGAAACAAGCCAAAUCCAGCUUUGUCGACGAUGCGUACGUGCACAUGCUGACUAAGGGCCACUUCUCCGCAAAAUGGUCCCAGACCAGCGUCGUCACCGGCAGACUCUUCUCAGCAAACCCAAACUUUGACGCCGUCCCGAGACAGCCGCUUAAGAUCGCCCUGAUGCCACGCGGCCAAGGAAGCGACCCGGCCGUGACCAGUGUUGAUCCUCGUGCCGUGUACGUCUCGGAGGAAGGCUGGACUUUUGUCGCCGCAGGCUUCUGCCAGCUGGAGCUGCGACUCCUGGCUCACUUCUCCGGCGACCGCAAGCUCGUCCACCUUUUUAGUGACGCCGAGGCCGACGCCUAUGCUCUUUUAGCCUCUGAAUGGAUGCACGAGCGCGCGGCGGCGUCAGAGGACCCGGAACAAGCCGAGCGCAUCGUGUCCUCCAUUUUGUAUGGGAAAGGGCGCGAUUGCCUGGCCAACACCAUGGGCGUGACCAUGUCGGCGGCCCACCGAUUCCAAGACAACUUCUUCCUGGAAUUCCCAAAAGUCAAGGCGUUCACGCUGAGCGUUCUCCGGCAGGGCCGCAAACAUGGUUUCGUGCGCUCCCUCUUGGGCCGCCAGCGCCCCGUGCGACACAUCCUUUCGGAAGAGUCAGCCCUUCGCUUGCGGACUGAGAAAAUGGCCAUUGCGUUUGUGCUGCAAGGUUCCGCCGCCGACCUCUGCAAGAUGGCAAUGAUCCGAGUGUCCGAGAUGCUCUCCGCCUCCGACGGAUCGUCGGCCAGGCUGAUGGCUCAGUUCAAGGAUGAGCUCCUCUUCGAAGUGAAGGACCCGCAGGUGGAAGACUUUUCCGCUCUGGUGGAGGGCACCAUGGAGUCCUUGAGCCACAUUGACCAUCUGGGAGUCCAUCUUGACGUGAGUAGCAAGCGCAUACAGGCUCGGCUCUGGGAUCUCGCUCUGGCUAGGCGCUUUGUGUGGAAUUUGCCGCCUCCAAAACGGACAAAAGGGCAGAUUCAAGACUGGAGUAGGUCCAGCUCGCGACCGCCUAUACGUAGCUGCGGCUAUACGUAGCUGCGGCUAUACGUAGCUGCGGCUAUACGUAGCUGCGGCUAUACGUAGCUGCGGCUGAACGUGCGGCCGAGUGGCUCCUUAGUCAGUAAUGGCCGCCGCCUCGGUGGCGCCCAGUACGCGGCCUCCUCUCUACUUAAAUUGCACAUGCAAUGUACGUAUGUGUUUGUUUCCCAGGUGCCCCUGAAGGUGGCAGUCUCCUGUGGCAAGUCCUGGGGUUCCAUGUCUGCGCUUCACAUGCCGGCUUAGCUCAUUGUCGCAUUUGAUCUCAUUCUCUCUCUCUGUCUAUUCUUACGUUUGAGCGUGUGUGUUUUCGACGCUCCGUUCCCCCACUUCUCGGCUGUUUUUUUUGUCCGACAUCCGCAUCGCCAUGGAAACCCGGCAGCUGCUGCCGGCGCUGCUUUUCACUCCGUCCGUAUCCGGGGGCAAGGGCAGCACUGGAUUGCACCGGUUCUUCCUCUGGUUUUCGUUCGCACUGUUUUGUUCACUAAUGCUUGGUUGUGUUGGGCGCACGUGCUCGAUAACAAAAAAAAAAAUCUCUCGCCCACUCUCCACCGGCGUCACGUUUAAAUGACUGCUAUUUAUAACUUGCUGUUUUUCUAGUGUAAUUAGAUAAGAUAGAUAGAGAGCUAGAGAUAACUAGAUAAUUGUUGUUCUGCACUUUGGCCUGUUGUGCUCUGCAUGCACGUUCUCAUUCAUAAAAGAAGGGCAAUUCGGCCUCCAGCCCAUGUCUUUCUUUUUUUUUUUUUUUUUAACCUCCCCCCGCCCCCUCAGUACACUUGGCUGGAGCCCCUUUUGUCUUGAUUGGAGCCCCUCACACAAACACACCCAUUCCACAACUACUCACCCUACUACUGAUCUUUUGAUACUUUGUUCCCUGAUGAAUGGUCCAAGCAUCGCCAUAUACAGUGAGUAGAACACUGAAUUCAAACGGCAGCUUUUUGAAAACCCAAGAUAUUCGAUUUGAAAUGUUGACCUUCUCUCAUUUAAAGGUGAGCAAACCCGUGCCAUUUUAUUUUUGUACUUUUAUCAUCAAUUUUACCGAGUUUUCUUUUCCCUCUAAGCAGAGCUCGCUGCCUCAUCGUGGGAAUCUGGCCGCCUAUCCUGUCAUUGUUCUGUCGGGUUUGUGUGGACGUGACCCAAGCACCGACACAGCGCUCUCCUCCCCCGCCCAGUGUGUGCUCUGCAUUCUUCGGGCCUCUGUAUUUUUUGGAGAAGAGGUGUCACCAAAGACAGCCCCAAAUCCAGCCUGCAGAAUGACGGACGGCUGUUGCGCUUGUGACUUGCUCACGUCCACCUCCAGCCAUUACAUCUGGAGCAAGAUGGCUCCACUUGGCAACAGUUGAAGCCUUCCCCAGCUGCCAUGGCAACCCGCGCUGGUACAGCAUGACAGACAGACAAACAGACAGCCAGGUUCUUCCGGUGGCAAUGCAGCGGCCAGCCCCAGAGUCGCCCCAUCCAUCCAUCCAUCCAUCCAUCCAUCCCCCAAAGGCGGCUUUCACAUCCCAACCCCGUUUUGUCAGCUUGCAGUCCUCUAUCACGGUAGAGCCG